UCGACAUCAUUCUCCUCUACUCGUGGAGGUAGUUGUUGAUCUAGUUUGAGACAUCGAAGGCUGAAGCGAACGCGAUGCUGAGGGAGCUGCUGCUGCUAGCGCUAACGGCGCUAUGCAUGUCGGAAGGAUUCCAUCUCACCGGCAAGACGGCCGACAUGGACUUUCUUCACAAGCAGAAGAAAAUUUACGAAUUGAUGUUCUUCGUCAAGCAAAACACUCUCACCGAUACCGAAUUCUACGAGAUUGGCCGCAAUUACGAUAUCGAGAGUAACAUCGACAUGUACAAGGACAAGCUGAUCGUCCAAGAGUUCUUGUACUUGUACAAACACGGUAUGCUCAGCCGUAAUGCCAUAUACUCGCCGUAUUACGAGGAACACCGUGAAGAGAUGAAGCUCCUCUUCCAGCUCUUCUAUUACGCCAAGGACUUCCAGACCUUUUACAAAACCGCCGCUUGGGCGCGUCUUUAUAUCAACGAUGGAGUCUUCACGUCCGCCUUCACCAUCGCUGUCUUUUACCGUCCCGACUGCAAGUACAUGAGACUACCGGCGCCUUACGAGAUCUAUCCCAAUUUAUACUUUGACAGCAACGUCAUCCAACAGGCCCACGACAUCAAGAUGACUCGUGGACUCGCCAGUGCCAACGUAGACAACGUUGACAGCUACAUGAUUUAUGCCAAUUACUCCGGACACUUCGUCGAGCCCUAUUUCGACGACGAAUACAAAUUGGACUACUUCAUAGAAGACUAUGCCUUGAACAGCUUCUACUACUACUUCCGCCAAGUCAUGCCGUUCUGGUUCGACUUUAAGGAUUUCGACAUCCCGAAGGACUUCCGUGGUUACUAUUACUACUUCUAUCACAAGCAACUGUUGAGCCGCUACUACUUGGAACGUUUCUCCAACGAUCUGGGCGACAUCGAGGACUUUGAUUGGCACAAAUCUUUCUACCCCGGAUACUAUUCGACCUUGAUGUACCACAACGGAGUUUUUAUGCCCCAACGUUCUCGCUACAUGAAUGUGCCGUUUUACAAAUACAAGUAUUUGAAGGAGAUCGAGGCUCUGGAAUACCGCAUCAUGAAUGCCAUCGAUCUUGGUUACGUCUACGACAAGAACGGCAAGCAGAUCAACAUUUAUACUCCCGAAGGUUUGAGCAUCCUCGCAAAUCUGAUCGAAGGCAACGUGGAUUCGUGCAAUCGUCACUUCUAUGGAAUGUACGACGCUCUCGCUCGAGAUAUUCUCGGUUUCAACUUUGAUUACAAGGACAAGAACAAGGUGAUCCCCAGCUCUCUUCAAUGCUACAGCACCAGCGUGAGAGAUCCUGGAUUCUACCGUCUGUACAAGAGGAUCAUGACGUACUUCUUCAGGUACAAGAAAUACUUGCCGUAUUACACUCAGAAUGAAUUGAUCUUCCCCGGCAUCAAGUUCGAAUCCGUCAACAUCGACAACAAGCUAACGACCUACUUCGACACUUGUGACACGUUCAUCAACAACGCCCUUUCCGUAGAGAGCUUCAAGGAGGGACUAAAGCUACGCGUCAAGGCUCGUCGUUAUUGCCUCAACUACAAGGUUCACCUACCGUUCACCUACCGCUUCAACGUCAACAGCGACAAAGAGACCAAAGCUGUGCUCAAGAUCUUCCUCGGACCUGCCUUCGGCAACGUUCGCAAUGAGAAGGACAUGUCUUACCUUCGUGAAUACUACAAAUACUUCUUCGAGAUGGACAAGUUUGUCGUAACGCUGAGACAAGGUGCCAACACGAUCGAACGCCGUAGCUCCGAUUCCGUCUACACCAUGCCCGACAUGCUAUCCAGCGACGUGUUCUACAAGAAAUUGGAGAAGGCCGUAGGUGGCAGCGAACCGUUCACCUAUUACGAGAAACUCUUUGGUUUCCCUGAGCGUUUGACUUUGCCUAAAGGUAAACCCGAGGGUAUGCGAUUCAAGAUGUUCUUCUACCUGAGUCCAUUCGACGAGACCAAGAUCUCGACCGUGGAAUUGCCCAUCUUUGGCAAGUAUACCAUGGAUGGAAAACCAUUUGGUUUCCCGCUCGACAGACCGAUGUACCCAUGGAAGUUCUACACACCAAACAUGUACUUUAAGGAUGUUUACAUCUAUCACAACGUAGAUCACGAAAAAUCCAUCUAUCGCAACAUGGAGUAUGAAAAAUCGAUCCACAUUCUUCGCGAAACAAGCACGAGGAUGAAAGAGAUUGCGUUGCUUUUGGCUGUGGCGUGCUGCCUGGCUCAUGCUGCGAAGGUGCCCACCCACACUGCCGACAAGGCAUAUCUGAUCAAGCAGAAGAACAUUUACGAGCUCUUCUGGCACGUCGAUCAGCCAACUGUCUACCACCCGGAACUCUACCAAAAAGCGCGAUCCUUUAACCUCGAAGAUAACAUUGCUUCUUUCACAGAUCAGGCGGCGGUAAACGAGUUUUUGCAGAGAUGGAAACAUGGAAUGCUUCCACGAGGAGAAAUAUUUACCGCCAUGCAUCAUCAACAUUACGAAGAAGCGGUUUGUUUCUUCCGCGUUCUAUAUUCUGCCAAGGAUUUUGAUACUUUUUACAAUUUUGCCGUAUGGGCACGCUUUCACGUGAACGAACAUAUGUACGCAUACGCAUUGGCUGUCGCCGUGAUGCAUCGUCCGGAUACCAAAAACAUCCGUUUGCCCCCGCUUUACGAGGUAGUCCCGCAUUACUUCUUCAACGAGAAAGUUUUGCAUAAAGCUUAUCGUAUCGCGAUGGGAGAUUCGCAAACAGGUAUGAAGAAAACGGUUGGUGGUGUAGACUAUUAUUACAUUCCUUCCAAUUACUCCGGUUGGCACGUGGUAGGGGACGAAGUGUCGGAACAGCACGAUUUGAGCUACUUCACUGAAGAUAUCGGUUUAAAUACAUACUACUUUAUAUCGAGUCACGACUUCCCAGUUUGGAUGAACAGCAUUCAAUAUAAUAGACCUCAACACAUUCGCGGCGAAUUGUAUAUGUUCAUUCACAAACAAUUGCUCAAUCGCUACUAUUUGGAAAGAUUAUCCAACGAUUUGGGCGAGAUCACGUACGUCAAUGUGGACGAGCCUAUCGUUCCUGGCUACUAUCCAAUGAUGCAUCAUCACAAUGGAUUAUCGUUCCCGGAGCGUCCCGUUGAUUUCCAAGUUCCUUCUCACGCGCACGAAUAUGUCCAGGCCAUACAAGAUGCCCAUGCUCGCAUCUCCGCUGCCAUCGAUAAAGGCUACGUCGUUGACGCACACGGCAAACAUAUCAACAUUUACAACGCCGUAGAUGGUUUCAAUUAUCUUGGCAACGUGAUUCAAGGCAAUGCCGAUUCCGUCAAUCCCACGUACUAUGAACGUUUACCUUAUUUAUACAGAAAAGUCCUCGGCAUGAGCUCGGUUCACGUCACCAAACAUCACACGACGGUACCUUCCGCUCUCAACUACUUCUCCACCAGUCUGAGGGAUCCAGCCUUCUAUGGAAUGUACAAGACUAUCUCCACUCAUUGGAACAAAUAUAAGCAACACUUGCCGAGCUACACGCACGAGGAACUCGUUUUCCCGGGUGUUACGGUCGAAUCUGUCACCGUCGACAAACUCUUAACCUUCUUCGACCACUUUGAUUCGUUGAUCAGCAACGCCGUAUCGGUGCACAGUCACAAGGAGGCUCAAUCCAUGUUGAUCAAGGCGCGUCAAUAUCGUCUCAACCAUAAGCCUUUUACCUAUCACAUUACCGUCAACAGCAACAGGAACGUCAAAGCGGUCGUUCGCGUCUUCCUUGGACCUAAGUACGACGUUUAUGGCCACGAAUUGGAUAUAAGCGAGAAUUACAUCAACUUUAUGGAGAUGGAUCAAUGGCACGUUGACCUGAAAUCUGGAACCAACAAGAUUGAGCGCCAUAGCUACGAGUCCACCUACGUUGUUCCGGACGAGGUGCCAAGCGAGGUGUUGUACAAGAAGAUUGUGAAAGCCGUCGAGGGUGGCGAGACUUUCACUUAUCCGGAGCAGCCUUACGGUUACCCCGAUCGUUUGAUGCUUCCCAAGGGCAAGAAGGAAGGCAUGCCGUUUAAACUAUUCGUAUCCGUGUCGCACUUUGACGAGACGAAAGGCAUCGAGAUGGAUUCUCCCGUCUGGGGUCCAAUCGUGCUGGAUCCUCGACCGUUCGGUUAUCCACUCGACAGACCGGUUCACGCCUUCAACUUUACGAUACCCAACUUCUACAUGAAGGAUGUUAUGAUUUACCACAAGCAUGCGGAAGAAUUGAAUCUCACCGCGUAAACCGCUCGUUGCAUUUUCCAUUGCACCGCUCUCCUCCUACGACUCCGUCGUAGAUGACACGCUUUUUGCGCUAUUAUCUACUUGUAUAAUUAUUUAACACGGUGCGAUUGCCGAAAUAAUCAGUGUCUCGAGAGAGAUUGAGCCAACCAGACAAAGAGACGUACAAAUAAGAGAAGUAGCGUACGCGUGCAGUAACCUUUUCCACCGAUUGUUUUAUAAUUGUAUAACCAUCCAGUGCAAUAAAUUGUUCCAAAGAUGAAUUUAAUAAAAACAUCCUUAAUCAUUUA